CCUUGAGCCAAAAGAAAAGGGGCACCCCGAGACUUCCCACCUCUGCUUUCUGUUUCCCCAUGCCUGACGGCGGUUCCAGUGCGCUCCCGAAUUCACCCCCCAUAACCAUAUUGAUGUCUUCUUACGGAGGCUGGCUUUCGACCCGUCCCUUCUCAGGUAUAUAUAGUAUCAUUCUCUGAACCUCGCUUUGGGCUUGAAGCCCCAUUGCUCCUGACCAGGUGCCUGUUGCAGCCUUUGCCGCUUGUCCCUUUGCUCGUUGCGUCUUCAGGCUUUUGGCUCCAGUGCUGCAGAAGCAACCCGACGCAGCCCCCUUCGAAAGUUGGGGCUGAAAACCUUGCAGACUGCUCAUUUUUCCGGUGCUUCUGUUCCGCCAAGUCUUGAGGAUCUGGCUUUGGAAGAGGAUCAGUCCCAGCAGGGAUCUAGCAGUUUGAGUUAAUUUCGAAGUCUGACAUGACAUCUUUUUCCUGAGUCCUCACUGUCCUGACCAUAAGGCAUUGCUUUGGCUGGUCAAGCUGCCUUUAACUGACAGAGGUGCUAGCAUCCGCGAGAUCGAUGCAUCCUUCUGCUCCGUCACCACAGCCACCCUUGCUGCCUUGCCAAUGCUGCCGGCACUCGAGUCUCUAAACCUGGAUGGCUGUCAAGAUGUGGAUGAUGAGGGCCUUGCUGCAGUGGCGCAGCGUUGCCGGGGAUUGCGGUGUUUCAGUAUCUACUGGAACGUGAAGGUCACCGAUCAAGGUCUUGGGAGAGUCUUGAGGGCGCAGCCAUGCGGAAAGCUGCAGGAGCUGUGCUUCAGUGGUUGCAAAUUCUUGGGUGACGAGACUGUGCAGCGCAUCGUGGGACGUGCUCCACAGCUACGGCUGCUGGACUUGACCAGGUGCCCUAAGGUCACCGAUAUGGGGGCGACCUUGGUUUGCGAAAACCUUUGCGAAUUGCAAGUGCUUCGGCUCUAUGCCAUGGCUCAGCUUACUCCAGCCGCCUUCAAUGGUCUCCAGAGGCUGCCCUUGCUCAAAGAGUUGGAUCUUUGUGGCUGCCGCUGCGAAGACGAGAGUGUUGUUGCUUUUGUAACGCAUGCAAAGCCAGGAGUCUUGGAGACACUAAAUUUGACAUGGUGCUGUGCUCUCACUGAUGCAACCAUGCUUGCCAUAGCAAAGCAUUGCACCCGUUUAAACUGGCUGAGCUUUUUUGGCAACCUCAACAUCACAACAGCAGCGGUGGAGGCCUUGGCCGCGGCCGCCCCGGGCGCUUCACUGCGCUACCUGGACCUGCGAGGCCUCGCAGCUGCCCCGCCCUACAGCGAUGGGAAAAGCGUUCGGCAAAUUUUCCCUCAACUCCUCUCCACCGAGUUGCAUCACUGAAGUCUGUUGUGUGAGCGACCACCCACUGGUGCUGCAGCAGUGUUUCCUGGAAUGCUGUGGUCGAAACGAGCGGAAGAGAACAGUGCUGGAGGAAAGAAAUGGUUCUGACGUAAAACAUGUUGAUUGAGUCUUUGGGUUGUGCUUGACGUUCUCACAGCAGAUUACAUUGGCGAGGAGGCUUCGCUGUUUUAUUGCACCUGAUGACAGGCUGGCGGCAAACCAAGAAAGAAGAUCCCUUGUAGCCGGACUGGCCAGUAACCUGAGCAAAGUGAACCCCAGAUCAGCGCAGUCUGAG